AUGUUUGACAGACGUAUUUUCGAGGCGGCGCAGUGAACGUUGCUUGCCGUGUCCUCUUGUCAAACUGGGUAACACGUGUCUUGUAGGAGGCGUAGUGUCGGCUGAUCAGGGAAGCCUUGUAAGUGUCGAUAGGAAGAGCGAGGACCCGAGUGCCGGCAGCGCCACCAUGUCACGCCCGGUCGUUACGAAAACCGAAUCUCAGGGAGCGGAGGAGAUGCUGUCCCUCCUCCGGCAGAGUCUCCGGUCGUGCAAGACGCCCGGAGAGACCAAUUUCGAGGGCUCGGCGCCGCACAUCUUCGUGGUGCUGGGCGCGUCGGGCGACCUGGCCAAGAAGAAGAUCUACCCGACGCUGUGGUGGCUGUUCCGCGACCGCCUCGUGCCGGAGAACACCAUCUUCGUGGGCUACGCGCGGUCGGGGCUGACGGUGGCGGAGCUGAAGGAGAAGUGCCAGCAGUACAUGAAGGUGAAGGAUUGCGAGCAGGAGCGCUACGAGGAAUUCUGGCGCGUGAACCACUACGUGCGGGGCUCGUACGACACCCGCCGGGACUUCGAGCUGCUGGACCAGGAGAUGCAGAAGGUGGGCACCGCCAGGGCCAACCGCAUCUUCUACCUGGCGCUGCCGCCGUCCGUGUUCGACGUGGUGACCACCAACCUGAAGGCGUGCUGCAUGGCCAGCCAGGGGUGGACGCGCGUGAUCAUAGAGAAGCCGUUCGGAAAGGACUCGGAGUCGUCGGCCAAGCUGUCGAACCACCUGGCGGCGCUGUUCAAGGAGGAGGAGCUGUACCGCAUCGACCACUACCUCGGCAAGGAGAUGGUGCAGAACCUCAUGACGCUCAGAUUCGGCAACCGCAUCUUCGGGCCGACGUGGAACCGAGACAACAUAGCGUCGGUGUUCAUCUCGUUCAAGGAGCCCUUCGGCACUCAGGGGCGCGGCGGCUACUUCGACGAGUUCGGGAUCAUCCGCGACGUCAUGCAGAACCACCUGCUGCAGAUCCUGUGCCUGGUGGCCAUGGAGAAGCCGUGCUCCACCUCCGCCGACGAUAUCCGCGACGAGAAGGUAAAGGUCCUGAAGAGCAUGCAGACGCUGACGCUGGACGACGUGGUGCUAGGCCAGUACUCCGGCGACCCCGACGGCACCUCAGAGGACGCCCGCCUCGGCUACCUGGACGACCCCACGGUGCCCGCCGGCUCGGUCACGCCCACCUACUGCCUCGCCGUCGCCACCAUCAACAACGAGCGCUGGGACGGCGUGCCCUUCAUUCUGCGAUGCGGAAAGGCCCUGAACGAGCGCAAAGCGGAGGUGAGAAUCCAGUACAGAGACGUUCCAGGCGACAUCUUCCACGGCCAGAGCAAGCGCAACGAACUCGUCAUCCGCGUGCAGCCGGGAGAAGCCAUCUACUCGAAGGUCAUGACCAAGACGCCAGGCAUGUCGUUUGCCCUUGAGGAGACGGAGCUGGACCUGACCUACAGCCAGCGUUACAAGGGGUCCAAGCUUCCUGAUGCUUACGAGCGCCUCAUUCUCGACGUCUUCUGUGGAUCCCAGAUGCAUUUCGUCAGGAGUGAUGAGCUGGCAGAGGCAUGGCGCAUCUUCACACCCCUCUUGCACGAGAUAGAGUCCAAGAGGCCAACACCCAUCCCUUAUCAGUACGGCUCCCGAGGGCCUGAGGAGGCAGAUGCAAAGUUGGCUGCAAGCAACUUCAAAUAUUAUGGCUCCUACAAGUGGACCCAACCCAGUCAAUUGUAAAAGAGGCAGGCAGUCACUGCAAUCUCAAUAGUUUAUUUGGGUCUGGAGGACAAGUAUGAAUAAGGAUAAGUUGAAAUCUCAAAGCAGAUGAGGUUUCUUGUGGUUACAGGAAUCAAGACUAAGAGUCGCUUUAUUCCUCUUUAAUCUUGUUCAUAUUAGACCAAUGGGGAGUGAUGUCCUUUGUAACAGGACUGUUUUAUAUAGUUAAGGAAGGGUGUUUCUUUCAUAAUGUUAUCAAUAUUUAUUAUAACAGAUUUAAGCAUAGAUAAAAAGGCCUCCUAAAAAUUAUAUUUUGAUAUAAAUUAAAAAAUGAAUUUGCAACUGUAAUUCUCAGCUUUACAUUCCAAGGUUAUCUCUAGAAAUUUUAUAUGAAUAUACAUAUACUGUAUAUAUUAUUUAGUCUUUAACCUGGUGAAAUUUUCCUUUUUAAAUGUCUCUUCUAUGUACACUUUUGAUGUCGGUCGGUUCUCGGGCAGUUGCCAGGGAAUUUUGAUACCAGAUGUAUUAUAUUUUGUAUUAAAGUUAUUUGUCAAUGG